AAUGAAGUGCAAAUCAAAUCGUUCGCAAACAAACGUGAAAGUAAUAGUAUUAUGUAUUAAAAAUAAGUUUAUUUAAAAGGUAUUUAUCUCCAAUUACUAAAUAAUAAUUAAAAAUACAUAAAAAUGAGAGUUGAACGGUGCUAUUUCUGUUCAUCUCCACUUUAUCCUGGUCAUGGAAUUACAUUUGUUAGAAAUGAUUGCAAAAUCUUCAGAUUUUGCCGAUCAAAAUGUAGAAAAAUGUUUAACCGUAAGAAGAAUCCCAGAAAACUGAAGUGGACAAAAGCAUUUCGAAAAGCUGCUGGAAAAGAACUUACAAAUGAUCCAAUAUUUGAAUUUGAAAAACACCGCAAUGUUCCAGUACAAUACAACAGAGAGUUAUGGAAGGAAACAAUUUCUGUAAUGAAAAAAGUAGCAGACAUUAAGAAGAAGAGAGAAGCAUGCUUUAUCAACCAAAGGUUGAAGAAGGGCAAAGUACUAAGAAAGGAAGCAGACCUGAAAGAAAUACAGAUGGAUUUGAGUCUAAUAAGAUCUGUUGCAGCCACAAACAAAAUGAAGAUAAAACAAGAACAAGUAAACACCGAAGCAAUGGAAGAAGAUCAGCCAGAAGAAAGACUGAUGGAGGAAAAUUAACUUUCCUUAUCGUUUUGCAUCUGUACAUAUUAUUUGAGUUCUGUUUUGUAAAAACAUUAAACUUAAAAUGUUUGAUCUGUGAAA